GCUACCCACUUUUGCAAAAUAAAAAAUCACUACAAGUUUUAAAGGUUUGAAUGGAGAAUCAGUUGGGUCUUCUCAGAGUUCGUAUAAUCAGAGGCAUCAAUUUGGCCAUUAGAGACUUAAGAAGCAGUGAUCCAUAUGUUGUUGUUACCAUGGGCAAACAGAAAUUGAAGACUCGAGUGGUGAAGAAGAAUGUUAAUCCCGAAUGGAAUGAAGACUUAACGCUAUGUAUUACUGAACCAAUUCUCCCAAUCAAGCUGCAAGUUUAUGACAAGGAUACAUUUUCUUACGAUGAUAAAAUGGGGGACGCAGAACUUGACAUCGUACCAUUUAUAGAUGCAGUAACGAUGACGCGCUUUAAGAACAUCCCCAAUGGAGUCAUAAUUUCGAGAAUAAUGCCUAGCCGGCAGAAUUGCUAUUCAGAAGAAAGUCGUAUUGUGUAUGAAGAUGGCAAGGUUGUUCAAAACGCGUUUCUUAGGUUGAGGAAUGUUGAGUGUGGUGAAAUAGAGCUUCAGUUGCAAUGGAUAGACGUUCCUAGUUCCAAGAAUCUAUAGCAGCUUAUAUUGUGAGAAAAGCUAGAUUCUUUAGUUACCUAUAUGAAAAUAUUAAAACGAACUUAUCCUUUUGUUGUUGUUGUAAACACGGCUGGCCAAAGUUGUUGGACUUUGAGGCUAAACCACAUAAAGACCCAAGAAUUAGAUAGCCCAGUACUUGUUUUGUUUGGGAUCCAGGUUUAGUACACUCUAAAUGGUAUUAUGAAGAAACGGUCUUUUCCUCCCAUCUUCUUCUUCUUGAGUCUUAACUUCCCAUUCCCAUUUUUAUGGCUAUCUUUAGUUACUUGCAUUUCAGUACUUUUUGUGAUUCUAAGUGUUGUUAUUAUAAUGGUUGAAUGACCUAAAAGAUUAAUUUUAUAUUUGGCUUCAUUUGUGUUGAA